GCUCACUGAGAGUCUGUUUGAGUGAGUGGAGGGGUUUCAGUGUUUCAGGCUUUUCUCCACAUUUCAGCACACAGAUUGGUCCAUAAUAAAAAUCGCAGAGAGCACAAAAGCCUCAAAUUGCACAUCUUUAAUUAUCAGAAGUGCUCACACACAGAGUGCCCCACAAUCACAAACCAACUUUCAUGUAUUUUGCUUCUUUUACUUCUAUAGUAUUUCGUGUCUAUAACAUAAUCUGCUGAAAUGUCCAUCAAAAUAGACUACAGCUAUUAAUAUGACUCAGGUCUGAAAUGUUUUAGAUUAAUGUCUGAAUCUUGCAAUAAUGUUGUUCAGGUUUUGCUGAAAGUAUCCUGGGUUUCGCAGAAACAUCAGCACUGAUAUUCUUUUUGUUGCCCACAGCUGGCUGUGUGUCACAGCUGGCUGCAGCAUCACACAGCAGCUAAAACAAUAAGUGCGUCUCCAAACUGAGAAAGAGGCUGUGAGCAUUUACAUAUGUGGAACAGCAGUGGUUACUUCAUUAACACCUCAUUGGCCAGGAUCUUACUGUAAUUAAUGGUCUGUGUUCAAAUUUCAUUUCUCACUCCUGUCUUCAACCACUGUUGGAAGUGUGUUUAGCUCGCUGCAGAGCUGUGCACCUACAUGCAUAGUAAGGGCAGAGGCUGGACAUGCCGACCAAAGAUAAAAAGCACUACAAGAUGAGAGCAGCAAUAGAAGAGUCCCCAAAAUUAAUCAAAACAAAAAUCUUUGAGAUUAUUAUUAAAAUGACUGAGUGAAUGGUGAAGAAUGAGAGGUGAAAUAUGCUUCACAAAGAACAGGAUAAGAUCAAUGUGACAGGAAGUUUGUCUUUGAAUCUAGAUUCUGUGUUAACCAAUCACAUGUAUUUCUCUGUGUGACAUUCAGUGUCGUGGCCACGUUACAUCACCUCCUUUACUCAGUGAAAUACCAGAAAGAUUCCUAACAAGAGACAAUGUCAAGAUGAUCGUGUUAUGGGUAUCACUGCUUGUUCUUCAUCAAGUAUAUACGCUGGUUCCAGUGAUCACGGUUCAACUUGGUGAACCUGCAAACUUGACAUGUGCUUUCCCUAAUGAUGAGACCAGCAAUAAACAACUCUACUGGUACAAGCAGAGUGCCGGUGAUACUCUGAAAUUAAUUGUGAAACUGUUUAAAUCUGCAAAACCUGAUUAUGGAUCAGAGUUUUCUCGCUCAAGAGUGGAGGUACAUAAAGAUAAGAAUUUUCGUAAGAUGACCAUUUUGAAGACAACCCAAGAAGACGAGGGAAUGUACCAUUGCGCUGUCAUGGAGUGGAUGAAUAUUGAAUGGAGUGCGACAUAUUUGUUAGUAAAAGGAAACACUGAAAGGACAUCAAACUAUACUGUUGUUCAGUGGCCGACAGUGUCUGAUCCAGUCCGUUCAGGAGACUCUGUGACUCUUCAGUGUUCAAUCCUCUCUGACUCUGAGAACAAGACGUGUCCAGGAGUACACAGUGUUUACUGGUACAAAGCCAGGUCAGAUGCAUCUCAUCCAGACUUCAUCUACACUGAUGGAAGUCGUGAUGAAUGUAGAAAGAAAACUGGCAUUCACUCAUCUCCAAAGAGCUGUGUCUAUCGCUUCUCUAAAAACGUCAUCUCCUCUGAUGCUGGGACUUAUUACUGUGCUGUGGCCACAUGUGGAGAGAUAUUAUUUGGAAAUGGAACUAAACUGGAACUUGUGCAAACAACACAUUCACUAUUUAUUGGAAUAGUGAUAUUAGUAGUCUGCUUGGCCAUUUCUGUUGCUGCAAAUGUCGUCUUCAUCUGCAACCGAAGUCUAAGAGUAUGUGAACAAUAUAAAGGAAUGGAAAGCACUAUUUCAGAAGCUCGUUAUGACAACUUGCGUCAACAGGUACAUGAUAUUACUGAAGCUGAAGACAAAAUGAACUACGCUGCACUGAAUUUCUCAGAGAGAAAAGCAACAAGAGGAAGAAAGAAGAAAGAGUUUUCAGAGGACUGUGUGUAUUCUCAAGUUAAAUGAUGAUAUUGUUGAUAAUAUUGAGCACUUGCAUCUGUUUGUGAUUGUUUUGUUUUAUUUUUUUAUCUUGGCUAAAUAUUAAAUAUUGAACCUUGCUCAGAAAAUCACUUUAUUGUUGACACAAUUAGGACAAUCAUUGUCUAUAACAUAUUUUUGUCGCCUUUCUUACAUAUCAUCUUUAUUAUA